CCACAAUCGUCGCUGCCCCAGGCCGAUCGGCGGACCCCGCACCCCAGCACAUAGAUGGAGGGCAAGGAGAAGAUUCAUACGAUCGUCCUUCCAAAAGAACGCACCCCGGCCACGGUCGUCUCGUGCCGGCUCCGGCCCGGCGAUCCCGUCAAGAAGGGCGAUGUGAUUGCCACCUUCCAGUAUCUCCAGCAGCCUUCUGACCCCGCCGCGCCCACCAGGCCUACAAAGGAAGACUACCGAUCGUCGUGGGAUGGCGUCCUGCAUACCCUUCCGGUCAAGGAGGGUGAUAUCCUCAAGGCUGGGGAUGUGUUUUUUGAAGUUUUGGAGCAUUGCUCCCAUGGUGCUCAGUUUGGAGGCCUAUGCGCUUGGUGUGGCAAAGAUAUGACGAUAUCGCACUACGAAGAUUCUGAAACCAAUCGGGCAACCAUCCGCAUGACCCACGAUGCCCUUGGCGUCACCGUCAGUUUGGAGGAAGCACAGCGACUCGAGGGUGAAAAUAUGGACCGGCUGCUGAAGAGCCGGCGGCUGUCCCUUAUUCUGGAUCUCGACCAGACGAUCAUCCAAGCCACCGCCAAUCCCAUAGUUGGCGAAUGGCUGAGCCAUCCAAACAACCCCAAAUAUCCAGAGCUGAAGGAUGUGCAUGCGUUUCGGCUUCACGACUCGCCCGGAAAGACGCUUUAUGUUAAACUACGACCGGGCACUCGAGAAUUUCUCGAGAAGGUUUCGAGGCUGUUUGAGCUGCACAUCUACACCAUGGGCAGCCGGAGCUAUGCCCAAGCUGUUGCCGACAUCAUCGACCCGAAGCGCGAUCUCUUUCGAGAGCGAAUCCUCUCCAGAGACGAAAGCGGAAGUUUCACUGCCAAGAGCAUCCAGCGGCUGUUCCCGUGCGACCAGUCCAUGGUCGUCAUCGUCGAUGAUCGCGCCGAUAUCUGGGGAUGGUCGGCCAAUCUCAUCAAAGUCAUUCCAUAUGAGUUUUUCGUCGGAGCCGGAGACAUCAACGCGCCGCCGGUGGCGGGCUCGACCAACAGCGACGCCGAAAAGACACUGACGGCGGCUUCGACGACAACUACAAGCGCUGCUCAGAUUGCAGGCGGAGAGUCCAUCCCCCAGUCCGCCGCAACAGACCUAUCAACGAGCCGCGCGUCGGAAUUCGCUCCAGAUGCUGUUGAAUCAGCUGGAGAGCCCAUCCCAUCAGAGACAUCGGAACCUGGUUCUGACGACAGGCCUCCACAAUCAUCCAAGCCCUUUGUGUUUGCCGUGCCGAGUCCGAAACCCAAACCGGUCUUGGCUGACGAUGACAGAGAGCUCGAUUUGGUCUACGAUCGGCUGAAGCUUGUCCACGAGCGGUUUUAUGCAGCCUGGGAUCGCGGGACCAAGUACAAAGCAUCAAGGCUGCUCAAGGGCGGGCUGGCCAACACCGUGGCCGAUGCGGACGUGCGGUUCAUCAUGGAGAGUCUCAAAUCAACGGUCCUGCGAGGCAUCAAGAUCCUCUUCAGUAGCAUUAUACCCUUACAGGAUGACCCCGAGAAACAUGAAAUGUGGAACGUUGCUGUUUCUUUUGGUGCCAAAUGUUCGGUCGAGCUGUGUCCAGACAUUACCCACGUAGUUGCUGCCAAGAGAGGAACUUUGAAGGUCAACUCGGCCAAGAAAAUGCCCGGGGUCAAGAUUGUCCGGCCCGAAUGGUUGACCCUAUCGGUGGCACAUUGGAGACGGCUGGACGAGACGCAGUACCUUCUCGAGCCUGUAUGCCCCGGCCAGCCAAAGUUCCAGCCCAGCCUAAUCCUAUCGCCUCUCAAGACAACGGAUCUCGACCCCUCAAGCACUGACGAUCUCCUUCCGAGCCCUGAGGACAAGGCUAUUGUCGAGGGGCGAUGGGAAUAUGCCGAUGACGUCUACAUCAAAGUUGGUGGCGAAGACUGGCAGGAUAUGGAUCGUGAGGUCGAAGAAGCAAUGGAAGACAGCGACGAGGAUGAUGACGCUGAUGACGCUGGCGGCGAUGAAGACGGGAAGAAAGACGAUCACGAAGGCGAGGAUCAAGAUCCGGGCUUGGCCAAAUCAGAGACGAGGUCGAUCGGGCCGAGCGCCUCGAAUCAACUGGCUGCGGUGGGGCAAAUCGAUGAGCCUAUGGAGGAUGUCGAUGGUGGCCUCGAUAGCGACGGGCUUGAUCUGGACCUUGACCAAAUGCUUGACGAGGAAGUUUCGGCGGCGCUUCAAGACAUUGGCACGCCUAAAGGCCUCGGCUCGUCAAAGCGACCAGAAUCUCCAAAGCCUGUGGGUCGGCCGCCAUCGACCCCAGUGCCAUCUGUCUCCAUUGCGGACAAGUCCGCGGGACCGCCCGAAGCCCCCCAGAGUCACCCCACAAAACCUGAAAACGGCAAAUCGAUGGAGGAGCGGCUAAUGGAUCGAAUUGCUGCACUCGAGGCGGAGGAAGCCGCGGAGAAUGCCACAGCCAGCGACGCCCGAGGCUCGGGGCUGAAGCGGAGGCUGAUGGGUUCGGAGCCUGCAUUGGACCGCGAGAGCAAGCUCAUGCGCACCAACCCCAAGGGCGAUGUGUCAUAUCGGCUCCAAAGCAGACGACCAGCCCCAUCCAGCCGCAACCACAUCAACAUGGAUGAAGCCGAAAGCCGCACCAACCAUGACGACCACGACGACCACAGCGAUACUCAUGGCGAUACUCAUGGCGAUAACGGCGACUCCAGCAGCAGCGACAGCAGCGACGGCUCUGGCAGCGACGACAACGACGACAAUGACGACAACGACAAUGCCAGCAGCUCUGGAAGCAGCCAGUCGAGCGCAAGCGACAGUUGAUUUGCUGCGGCUGAAAUCGCUGUGCUUGGAUGCCUGGAGUACUCCCGGACCAACGGAACACACGCAUCGACCGAGCUCCGUUUGCGAGCGAGAAUAUCCGCCGACCAUGGAUUUGUAUCUCGGAAACACGAAUGAUAUCUCGAA